AUGACCUCGACAACUUCUAGAUACGCGGCCGCACACCUCAAACCCAACGGCCCUGGCGAUGCAAGACCUACCGCCCUUCAAAUCGUCAAGGAUGAGGAGAGAGAAAAAGGCCUUGCCGAUAAGGUGGUUCUUAUAACCGGCUGCUCAUCCGGGCUCGGCAUCGAAACGGCAAGGGCUAUGAAGGCCACAGGUGCAACCAUCUUCGUCACAGCACGGAAUCUAGAAAAGGCGAAAACCGCACUUGGGGACGUUCUGGAUCAUACUCAAGUUCAUCUUCUUAAGCUUGAUCUGGAGUCUUUCGACAGUGUCCGAGCCUGCGUCGCCGAAGUCAAGACCAAGACCAACAAGCUCAACAUUUUGAUCGAAAACGCUGGGAUUCGUCACGUUCCCGAGGGAAGAACCAAAGAUGGUUUCGAACUCCAUUGGGGCACCAAUCAUCUCUCGCACUUUCUCCUGUUUGAGCUUUUGAGACCUAUGCUCUUGGAAUCAUCAACACCCGAUUUCCAGUCUCGCGUUGUCGUUGUAUCAUCGACUGCGCACAGAAAUGCACCCAUGGAUUUCAGCGAUCUCAACUGGGAGAAGCGGAAAUACGAGCCUUUUGUGGCAUACGGACAGAGCAAGCUGGCCAACGUCUACACCGCCAGCGAGAUCGAUCGACGCUAUGGGGCACAGGGCCUACACGCUUGGAGUGUGCACCCUGGAGGUAUCAGGACAGGAUUACAGAAGCCCAACUUGCAUGACGCUCUGAUCUUCUUGAAGUCUGGGGUCAUGACUACACUCAGGUCCAUGAUGAGCCCAGAGCAGGGUGCGUCCACGUCGGUCUGGGCGGCUGUCAGCCGAGAGCUUGAAGGUCGUGGGGGAAAGUACUUGGAACGGAACAGGAUCAGCGAACCCAGGAAGGGUGAGAGCCUGAUUGAGGCUGGUUAUGCUGAGUGGGCGUAUGAUGAGGAGAAGGCAAAGAAGUUGUACGACAUUUCUCUGGCGGCGGUGCAAUAG